AUGGCUCAGCCAGACUCAACCACUUCGAAACCGUUCAGAGUCAUCAUCGUCGGGGCCGGCAUCGUCGGUUUAUCGCUCUCCCAUGCCCUACAACUAGCCAACAUUGACCACGUCGUUCUUGAAAAGCAUGACAAGAUCGUUUCAGUAAGAGGUGCAGCACUGAUUACCUGGCCCCCAGUCGCACGCAUCUUUGACCAGUUCGGCAUUCUCGACAAGAUCGCCAGGACCAUCACGCCUGUAGGCAAAGAAUAUAUAAGAUGGCCAGACGGAAGUGUGAGCCGGUACGAUCCUGUUCAACAGUAUAUGAGCAAACUCUUCCAAGUACCGAGUAUCUUGUUUGAUUGCCAGGCUCUGGUAUCACAUCUAUACGAGGGGCUACCAGACAAGUCAUACAUUCACACUAACCGGCGGCUUGAAAAGAUUGAGCAUACUGAGACUGGUGUUUGUAUCCAUUUGGCGGAUGGCUCUGUGGAAGUAGGCGACAUGGUCAUCGGAGCAGACGGUGUGCAUAGCCUCGUGCGACAGCUCAUGUGGGACUAUGCCUCAGAAUUUGAACCAGGAACAAUACCUGAAAAUGAAAAAGAAGUCAUGAGAUUCAGCGAGUUCAGAGGUAUCUUCGGUGUCAGCACAGUGAAAGACUCGUUCAAUCUUGGGCCUGCAGAUACACAUGUCAUUCUCGGUCAAGACAACACGAAAAUGGUUUUUACUCAGCAUGGGAAAGUAUAUCGGGGUAUCACCUUCAAAGAUGAGGGCCAUCUGCCAGUGAAGAGAGACAAGGCUACAGAAGCAGACAUCGAGGCAGUAGCGAAGAACUUUGCCGACCAUCCUAUCACGGAGAAGAUCAAAGUAGGAGACUUGUGGGGAACAAACAUUAGGAACGGUUUUCUCACUGUUGAAGAAGGUGUCCUAGGCAAACGGUAUGCUGGGCGUAUAGUUCUCGUAGGCGACUCAGUUCACAAAAUGACCGCAGACAUCGGUAUGGGUGCCAAUAUAGGCAUAGAAUCUGCAGUCUAUCUCUGCAAUGUCCUCCAUCGCGAGUUUGGCUCCACGCCCACUCGACACAUCACGAAUAACGAGCUUACUUUCCUCUUCGCCGAAUAUCAAGCUGGCCGCCACGAGCGAGCGAGCGCUUUUGUCCAUGCGAGUGGUCAGAUGACACUGGAUUAUGCGCCGACGAGGACAAUCAAUGAGAGCGCCGAGGGGUGGCGUCUGAAUGAAGAGAGGGAGAAGGAGAAGAACGUCGAUUGGGCGAAGUAUAUGUUCUUGACAAUUAUGCUAGCGGCGAGCUUUACGUAUUUCCGGCCUUGA